UACAAAUAUUCAGAAAAUAUUUGACGAGUGAUUAAGCUUAGAAAAACAAAUUUUAAAUUAUGGAGCUUAAACGACUUUUACUCAUAAUUCUUAACAUUGAGCUGACUAAAAAAGUAGUUGGUUUUAUACGGCCAUUAUCAAAUUUCACCUCCAAAGUUCCACGACAGGAAUAUGAAUACUACGGAAAUGUGGUGCAGCAUCCAUAUGCGGUUCAAAUUUAUUCGACGGAAAAAGUCCGUAAACCUACAUAUUUCGAAGUUGAUGGUUGGAAUUUUGAAUGCAGUGGAGCCUUGCUUUCGGAGAUACUGGUAUUAACAACUGCAAAAUGUGUACAAGAUAAAAAAUUUUAUAUAGUUUGUGCUGGAGAUACGGCCACUUAUUCUUUUAUGAAUCCCGCAGUCCCAACACUUGUUGUUAACAAAGCUGUCCAUCCUUUGUAUGAAAAAGGCAACCCUGAUUACAAUAUUGCAAUGGUUAAAGUAAUCCCGUCACUCAUAACUUCUAUAACAAUCCAUUCGAUCGAAAUAUGUUAUACCCAAAAUUGGGAAUAUUUAUCAGAGUGGAAAAAAGCGAAUGCAACAGUAGUGGGAUGGGAAAAGAAUGAGGAUCGUAAAGAAAUUUCCAUCGAUUAUACGAAAACUAUGGCGAAAAAAGAAUGUGGCUUGAAGAUGAAGAGUUUGAGAAUAUUCGCUGAUCCCGUACCGCCGCUAUGUACCAGUAGUUGUUUAGAAACACCCUAUAAUUGUAAAAAUCAAGAAGGUGCACUUGCUAUCGUGAACGGAUAUUUAUAUGGUAUUGGAUCCCAGUUAGAGGAUGAGGAUUGUGAAACCACCUUUUAUACAACGUUUACAUCUUAUGGUAUAGCGCAUUGGAUAGAAAAGCAUAUGCAAAUAUUGUCCAAUUCUGACAAUUGGAUAACAGGAUUUGAGAAUAAAUAAAACACUAAAUUUGUAUUUGAUAUAACACAUAUAGCCUUUCAAUUUUUGAUAGAA